AUGGCGUCACCUCCACCCGACGUGGACCUGGGGAAGCUCAGCUACGAGAUCUUCUCCCUGCUGGAGAGCAAGUUCCUCUUCGGCGGCGCGCCGGGCGUGGGCUCCGUGCCGGGCACAUCGGGGCGGGCGGUUCCGACGCCGAGCCCGGGCAACGCGGAGGACAGGGGCAGGGUGCGGGUGCUGGCGAUCGACGGGUCCGGGCCGGGCCCCGGCGACGCGCUGCUGGCGGCGGCCGCGCUCGCGAGGCUGGAGGCGGCGCUGCGGGCACGAGCGGGGGACCCCGACGCGCGCGUGGCCCACUUCUUCGACGUUGCGGCGGGCACCGGCGCCGGGGGCGUGCUGGCCGCGAUGCUGCUCCUGAAGGGCGAUGACGGGCGGGCGGGGUACACGGCGGCGGACGCGUUGGCGUUCGUGGCGGCCAGCCUGGGGAGGCCCGGUGGCGGGUGGGGCGGCGGUGCCGACGUCGGGACCGAGGUCGGCGAAAGGCUUCGGAGCAGGUGGGCCGCGCUGUUCCGACGCGCGGGAGCUCGGUGCAGCUGCACUGUCGGGAGAGACUGA